CCCGACAUUGACUGUGCGAACGAAAAGCAUCUCUAGAUCACUCAAUCGCGAUGGUAUGUCUGCUGCUAUAUGUAUGUAUGUUUGCAUUCAGUCCGGUCUAGAAACGCCCGGCAAUCGUGGCGUGAUUCGUGAAUGUGCGAGCCAAGCUUUUCCACCAACAAACGGGAAGAGCGGGAAACUGAAACUUCGCAAGCGAAUGACUCUCAUACAAUGCGUGUUGAAGAGGACGAUCUGCCGAGCCUCGAGUUUAUUGAAGAUCCCUACAUUCCGAAGCUCGAUCCAAGUUGUAUCACGCCUUCACUGGAUGAUGUUACUGAACUAGAUGACACGUCAUUGCAUGACGACGAAGGGCUGAUCGAUCAGGAGGAACAGCAAUGGUCGGACGAGACAGAACUCUACCUGCGCUCAUUGACGCUGGAUGAAAUUUUGGGCAUCCCUUCGAAACACGAAGACAUCGAACAUGCGUCUAAUGUUGAGCUACAAACUGUUGAGGCUGAGUUCAGUCCAGUUAUGGUAUGCAACACACUGAACUCGGAUAGUAAAAACAGAAAACUAAGAUCAACGGUCAACGGUCAACAAGUUGAUUGUGAGACAAAUUCCGGAACUGCAGAAAGAGGUGUAGAGAAAACUUUUCUUACCAGCAAGUUCCUGCUAAGCAGAGUUACAAACAGGCGCAUUCAGACACUGUUCAACCGACGCAAUAUUCGGGACGUUCGGGUUACGUUCAUCGACUUCUCGAAGCCAUACUUGGCACGCAUCUCUAGUGGUGAGAAUUAUAAAAGCUUUCUCAGCAUUGGCAGUACAGCAGACAAUCCCACGAAGCUGUCUGAUGCUUCUCCCAUCGGAUCCAUUAGCUCUGCUGAGAUUGCAAAUGAGUUUUCUGGACUUUCGACCGAAGAACAAACGGCACAACGCGACGAAUGGAGUCAGGAAUUGUCCCGUGUUGAAGAGGAAAUUACAACACUCCGAACGGUUUUACAAUCUAAAAUGCGUCAUGCAAGCGAACUGAAAAGGAAACUUGGCAUUACCGUAUGGAAAGAAAUCACUGAUGACGUCAGCCAGGGAAUUAAGAAUGUGAAAGAAAGCAAUGUUUAUCAAAGUGUCGAAACGAAGGUUGGAGAAAUAACGACUGUCGUAACAAAUGCCCCAAUCUACCAGAAAACGGAAAGCGCUAUCAAAACGACGGCCGGCAAGACGACAUCUGUUAUCGGUGGUAUCGCUGGAAAGAUGACUCAGAAAUUGACUGAAAUGAAACAGUCAGAUUCUUUCAGAUCGUUCGAAGAGCGUGUUGGAUCGGCAUAUGAAAAUGUCAGAUCCAAAGUGUCUUCUCGUUCAAGCUCGGUACAAAGUUUAUCCGAUCUACAAAACGAUGAGCGUCGCAGUUCCGUAACUACGCCAACGGCUAUUCCGGAGGAUAAACCCAUUCCCUAAAUUGAACGUAUCUCUCGAUUGAAAGGUCCACGAUUUACAAAUCUGGUUCGCUUCGUCGUCUAUCAAAACAGAUUGCUAAGUUUAUUUCAGAAAAUGUGUAUUCUAUAUACGUUUAAAAUUACAAAACAUGUUUGCUAAUUUAAAUUGUGAAUGCUAUUGCAGCGGUUAGCUAAAACAAACAUACCAUCAUGCACAGCUAUGUAUCAUUCUUCUGUAAUGUUAUGAUGUGUGCAAUUGUAAUCGAACUAAUUAUCCUAUGAAGCAACCGUGGCAACCUCUUCACCUUCUGUUAACGUCGCCUAUACCGCCUGAGGAGCGUCUGUUUGAAACCCCGUCGUCGUUGUUAACAUAAAACUAAAUUAUAAAGGGCAACAAAAAAUAAAAUCGGCUUGGCCAAUGCAGUUAUUCUGAUCGGCCUUUCAUAUUACGAA